ACUUGUCAUGUUUUAAAAAAAAAAAUUCGUUUAUUACCUUUUUCUUUACGACUAUUAUUAUCCAACCAGUGACUGCCCCGACACAGAACGAUGAGGUUUACCACAACAGCGCACCUGGCGGUUCUAGUGGUGUCGGCGUGUAUCCUGAUAACCCACACACAGCGCCAACCGAACCCCCCGGUCUCCGCCGAAUCAGGAUCGAAAAACAACGCGUCGCCCGCUGGAGCAAGACGUCCACCUAUAGAUACCGAUGGUGCCGUCUAUCAGAAGACCGUUGGCGGGGUGACAUUUCGAAUUGUGGCAAUGUGCCAAGAUUUCGAGAUCCUGAUGGAUAAAAACAUGAUGGAGUUUGACACGGUUCAGAAUGGAUGCCGAUUCACUCUGACAUUCCCGCCUCCACCCCGGAGACCCAGGAGGUACAGGAGGACCGCAGGUCGUAGACUGGUUCCACAGCACCGGCCACAAUACCAGUCGAGUUAUCGAUCCACUAACCCGUAUGUAAGACAGAGGAGAGCUUAAAGAUGGCGGAAUGGAUUGCAGCGGUUUGGUUGAAAUAUUACAAUAAGUCGACCAAGGUAUACUGCGUCUUCACUGAGCUAAUUAAAUUGACGACAGAUUCAUAGCCGAUAUCUAUAUAUAUAAACAGUUAGUGACAUAAUACAAGAAAUUACAACAUAAAAUACCUAACAUAUUUUA